AUGGGACCCUUGGAAAGGCCAUCCACUGGCUGGACGCGUAAGGACACGGAGAUGCAAGUUGGUCCCCAGCCUGAUGAGAAGAGCAGGGGAUGGAGGCUGGGAGACAGGAACGCUGCUCCUUCCCCCCUCACCCCUGUCCUGUCCUUCCUCCUCCUCUUGCCACUGGCCAGCGCCCUACAGCCCACCUCACUGCCCUUUCCAGAGCUGAGGCUGGUGGGGGGCCCGAGCCGCUGCCGGGGACGCCUGGAGGUCCUGCAUGGCGGCUCCUGGGGCAGCGUCUGCGACGACGACUGGGACGUGGUGGACGCCAAUGUGGUGUGUCGUCAGCUGGGCUGUGGCCUGGCUCUGCCCGUGCCGCGGCCCCUCGCCUUUGGCCAGGGCCGUGGCCCCAUCCUGCUGGACAAUGUGGAGUGCCGUGGGCAGGAAGCCGCGCUGAGCGAGUGUGGCAGCCGAGGCUGGGGCGUCCACAACUGCUUUCACUACGAGGACGUGGCUGUCCUGUGUGACGAAUUCUUGCCCACGCAGCCCCCAACAAGGAAAGUGUUAACCAGUAGGGCACCCCCUACAACUCCCCAGAAUGGAAAAGGUGAGGGCAGCGUGCGCCUGGUGGGGGGCGCGGGCCCGUGUCAGGGCCGAGUGGAGAUCCUGCACGGUGGCCUGUGGGGCACCGUGUGUGACGAUGACUGGGGGCUGCCGGAUGCCACCGUGGUCUGCCGCCAGCUAGGCUGCGGGGCGGCCCUGGCAGCCACCACCAACGCCUUCUUCGGCUACGGCACGGGGCACAUCCUGCUGGACAACGUGCACUGUGAAGGAGGCGAGCCCCGUCUGGCAGCCUGCCUGAGCCUAGGCUGGGGGGUGCACAACUGCGGCCACCACGAGGACGCCGGCGCGCUCUGCGCAGUCCUGGGGCACCUGGCUCUCACAGCACUGCCACCGUCGGGCACAAGAGCGGACUGGGCCUGGCACACAGAGCCAGAGGCUACAGGAGUUGGUGCCCUGCCUUCCAGGGAGCCGGCACUGUUCACCACAGCGGCCUGGGCGGCGGGGAAGAAAAGCGGGCGGCUGCGGCUGGUGGGCGGCCCAAGCCCGUGCCGCGGCCGCGUGGAGGUGCUAUACGCCGGGGGCUGGGGCACCGUGUGCGACGAUGACUGGGACUUCGCGGACGCGCGCGUGGCCUGCCGCGAGGCGGGCUGCGGGCCGGCGCUGGGUGCCACGGGCCUCGGCCACUUCGGCUACGGCCGCGGCCCCGUGCUGCUGGACAACGUGGGUUGCGCCGGCACGGAGGCCCGCCUGAGCGACUGCUUCCACCUGGGCUGGGGCCAGCAUAACUGCGGCCACCACGAGGAUGCGGGCGCGCUCUGCUCAGGCCCAGACGAGCUAGUCCAGCAGGACGGUGCUGAGACCACCCAGGUGCCCACUCCUCGGCCCAGGGACGGGCACUUACGUCUGGCCAAUGGAGCCCACCGAUGCGAGGGCCGUGUAGAGCUCUUCCUAGGGCAGCAGUGGGGCACUGUGUGCGAUGAUGCUUGGGACAUGCGGGCAGCCGGCGUCCUGUGUCACCAGCUGGGCUGUGGCCAGGCCCUGGCAGCCCCUGGUGAGGCCCACUUUGGCCCAGGCCGAGGCCCUAUCCUCCUGGACAAUGUCAAGUGCCGUGGGGACGAGAGUGCCCUGCUGCUCUGCUCUCACAUCCGCUGGGAUGCCCACAACUGUGACCACAGUGAGGAUGCCAGUGUCCUGUGCCAGCCAUCGUGACCCAGCCCACUCUGCAGACCACUUCUGGGAGCCUACUGUGGCCUGCCCCUCUUCCUUCAGGAAGUCCUCCUCCUGUGACAACUGCAGUUCACUCUGCCCUUCCCUCCCCUUGCCUGGGAGAGAGCCUGCCCAGAUGGUGUAGUCCUGCCUGAGGGAGCCUGGCUCCAUCCCAUCAACUUAGUGUGUGACCUCACCUGUCAUCACCUACUGUGGGCCCAUUUCAAUGAAAACUCCUACUUUCUGCUCAGCUAAAACAGAAACUGGUGGGAAGGGAAGCACUCCUAACUUUCCUCUUUGGUGGGACUCCUGUUACAAUACCCUUAACCCAGCCUUCCUUAACCCUGGUCCAGGAGGUUCAGGUGCUCUCUGUAAAUGGGGUAUCUCCUUUCCCUCCACCCAUCUGGGGAUCCUCAAGAAGAGGGGAAGGCAAGAGAGGCCUACAGCUCUUACCUUAGACUGGCCUGGGGCUGCAGAAGGACCUGGGUCGUUGCCCUGGCCUGCUCUGUGAGGGCCUGGACUCAGAUGGUGCUUGGCUGGACAAGGGGACUGGAGGGGCCAAAGCAGGGACAGUGGCCCCUCCCUGCAGCUGGAACCAGCAACUCGAUUUAUGCUGCUCCCACCACAGAGCCUCCACUUUGCAGAAGCAAAGAACCCUGGGGGCCUGUAGCCACCCGUUCAUAGGUGCCAAGUCAA